AUGGGCGCCUCCAUCAUUCAGAUACAGCAUGACGUCAUCCUCAACACCCUGAAGGACAUCACCCAAGGCGACUGGAAAGUGCUCGUUGUCGACGAAUUCUCAAAGAAGAUCCUCGAUAAUGUCGCCAAGGAAGAUGACAUCCUCAACCAGAAUGUCGCCAACAUCGAGCGCAUCGAGGACAGACGAGACAUGAACCCAACCAUGGACGCUAUAUACUUUGUCUCCCCAAUGCCACACAUAGUCGACUGCCUCCUCGCCGAUUUCGACCGAAGAAGAUACCAGAGGUCCUUCAUCGUGCUGACCGAUCUCCUGGAACCGCAAUUGCGACGGCGCCUAUAUUCCCACCCACAAGCUCGAGAGCUCAUCGCCGAUUACAAGAUACUGAACAUUGACUACUUCCCCCGGGAGUCCCACCUGGUCACUUUCCGCGACCCGUGGAGUUUUCCUGUGUUAUACCAUCCCGGCUGUAAUCAUCUUGUCCGGGAACAUAUGCAGGCAUUGGCGCAGAAGAUCACGAGUGUGUGUAUAUCGUUGGGAGAAUACCCCAAAGUGCGAUAUUACCGACCACAGAACCCCACACACGACGCAAGCGUUCUGUGCACCCAUCUCGCCCGUUUCAUACAAGAGGAGCUAGACAACUAUGCGCAAUGGAACCAGGCCUUCCCUCCUCCAUCCAGCAGGCCGACGGGCGUGCUGCUGAUAACGGACCGGAGCAUGGACCUUAUGGCGCCCCUCGUCCACGAGUUCACCUACCAGGCCAUGGCGCACGAUCUACUCACCAUUAAGGAGGGCGACAAGGUGACAUACCACAUGACCGUUAACGAAGGCCAGCCGGAUGCUGAGGAGAAAGACAUGGAGCUCCAAGAGAAGGACAAGGUUUGGGUUGACAACAGGCACCGGCACAUGAAGGAUACAAUCGACAAGCUCAUGGGCGACUUCCAGAAGUUCAUCGACCAGAACCCGCAGUUCACGGACGGGGAAGGGAAGCCCAGUCUGAAUACCAUCAAGGACAUGUUGGCGGGUCUGCCCCAGUUCCAGGAAAUGAAGGAGGCUUACUCGUUGCACCUGUCCAUGGCGCAAGAGAGCAUGAACCAAUUCCAGAAUCACAAGCUGCCAGAUAUCGCCUCUGUGGAGCAGACACUGGCAACCGGACUGGACGAGGAUCUGCGCAAGCCGAAGAACGUCCUCCAGGAGGUUGUGCGAUUACUAGACGACGAAUCCAUCACCAAGUCAGACAGGCUACGCCUGGUCAUGGCCUACCUCAUCUUCCGAGAAGGCGUGGUCGAGGAGGACGUGAAGAGACUCGUGGCGCAUUCAGCUCUCGAGCAGUCACAAUGCAACAUCGUAACUAAUUUGGAUAUUCUCGGGGCUCACAUUCUCAAGGGGCUCAAGGAAGUCCGGCCACCCCGACCACCACUUUUCCCACUCGACAAGAACCUACAGCUGAACGAGGAGUACGGCCUCUCUAGGUUCGAGCCAAACGUGAAGCACAUGCUUGAACACUUGUGCAAAGGCACCCUGGAUCCCACCACGUUUCCGUACACGAAACCGCCAGCAGAUCCUAACGAGGAUAUGAUGGCAGGACAAGGCUCCCUGCGCGCUGCCAAACCAAGCUGGGCCGGUGGAGGACGUCGCGUGGCCGACAACCGACAGCGCAUAAUUGUCUUUGUCGCAGGCGGCGCAACAUAUUCAGAAGCCCGAUCGUGCUACGAAAUCUCGGACAAGCAGAACCGAGAUGUUUUCCUAGUCACCAGCCACAUGGUGACACCGAAAAUGUUCGCCCGCCAACUCGGCGACCUGUCACCCAUCUGUUCGAACGCGAGCGGCCUCCCGCCGCCAAUGCAGACCGGACCACCACCACCCGCCAAAGGCGGUCCCAUGGGCAUGGCCCCGGGCCAGCAGCGCAUCCAGCGCGCCCCGCUGCCGCCGGGCGCGGGAGGCCUUCCGGGCAGACCAGCACCACCCACACAGCAGAUGUCGCAGAUGUCAAUGGGCGGCGGCCCGGCGCCCCCGAGGCCGGCACCCCCGAUGAACGGCGGCGGCAGCAGCGGCAGCAUCUCGGCGCCGACACCGCCGCCCGACGACGGGAAGCUGCACAAGAAGGAGAAAAAGAAGCGGAACAUUUUCGGCAUGAAGAAGUAG